GUUGUUGUUUAUUUUGAACUUCAGCACGUGCUGCGCCGGCAUUUCUUUCGUGUUUUUUCGCGUAAAAUAAUCAAGAAAUCAGCGUUAAUUUGCGUGAAAUAAUGUCUGAAGGAACAAGUGAGGCUGUGAGGAAGAGAAAACCUCUGCGGGAGUGUGAGGAAAAUGCCCCAAAAAGAGUCAAAACACAGCGAGACAUUGCAGAAACAGGAAAAUCUUCAGAGCCUCCGUCAAAGAAACUCAUCCCGAAGCCAUUUGCUGCUGAGAGUUCCUCCUUUGGUGCGAAGCGUGAUGAAAUUCAAUGUUCAUGGACCAUUCCGGACUUGUUGGCUGAAUUGGAGAGCCUCCGACCAACUGUUGCGCAGAACAUUGUGGAGCUGCUGCAGCAGGACAACACAAUUCCCUUCAUUUGCCGCUACAGAUCGCAUCUGGUGGGGAAUCUCAAGCCCGACAGGAUGCGGGAGAUUAAGACGUCGUAUGGGCAGAUUACGCAGCUUAAGACAAAAGUCACCACCGUGGCAAAGACACUGCAGAAGGAGAAUCUCCUCACGGAGGAUCUGGAGGAGACAAUUUGCAAAGUUAAAACGAUGGAGGAAUUGAAUCACAUCUAUGAGCUGUACAAGCCAGCCAGGAAGAAAUCUCUCGUGGAGAAGGCAACAAAUCUGGGGCUGAAACCCAUUGCUGAAAAGAUUCUCUCGGGGGAGGUUUUGGUGAAUUUUGAGAAGUACGUCAACAAGGAUGAGGAAGCUCUGCGUACUGUGAGUGAGGUGAAAGCUGGUGUGGGUGUCCUUGUGUCCAGUAUCAUUAUGAAGAAUGCCCAAUUGCUGGACUACGUGCGUGAGAGGAGGCAAAAGGCUCGCAUUGAAAUCCAAUCGAGUCAGGCUAAAGUGAAAGCAUCCGACAUUCCAAGUACCUCCACGGAUUCCACAAAGUACGAGCUCUACUUCAAUUUCAGGAGUCUCGUCUCGCAGAUUCGUCCUCAUCAAAUACUGGCCAUAAAUCGCGGGGAGAAGAAUAAAGUUUUGACGGUGAAAGUGAAUGUUCCGCAGAAGAUGCAGGAUGAUGUGAAGGUAUUCAUUCUCAGUCUCUACAGAGGAGUCACCGAGUACACGGAAAGGACGGAGUUCCUCAAAAAGAUUGUCAGUGAAAUUUAUUCAAAGAAAAUCCUCCCGUUGAUUACCAAAGAGAUUCGCCGGGAAUUGAAGGAAAAAGCUGAGAAGGCUUCAAUUGAGGUGUUUGCCAAUAACCUUCGGCAACUCUUGCUCACAGCCCCCGUGAAGGGUGAGAAAAUUCUCGGAAUUGAUCCGGGAUUCUCGCAUGGGUGCAAAAUGGCAAUGAUUUCGGAACAAGGAAAUGUCCUGGACACACAAAUAAUCUAUCCGCAUACAAAGAAAGCCGAUCUUCGGGAUUCCAUGGGAGCUGUGGCGGAUCUCCUGCAGAGGCACGGCUGCAAGAUUAUAGCUUUGGGCAAUGGGACUGCCUGCCGGGAAACAGAAGCCUUCCUAGAGCAGGUAAAGAACACCUUCCGGGUGGAUUUUACGUACUGCAUAGUCAGCGAGCAGGGAGCUUCCAUUUAUUCGUGUAGCGACAAAGCUAAGCAGGAAUUCCCGUCGCUUGAUGUGAAUCUCAUUAGUGCUGUAUCCAUUGCUCGUCGACUGAGCAACCCCCUGGCGGAAUUGGUUAAAGUGGAACCGAAGCAUUUGGGUGUGGGCAUGUACCAGCACGAUGUGAGUGAGAAGCAACUGGGGGAGGCACUGGAAGAGAUUGUUGUGGAGUGCGUGAGCUUCGUGGGGGUGGACAUCAAUACAGCCAGUGAGCAUUUGUUGCAAUUUGUGGCCGGUUUGACGCCGGCCAGGGCGAAGAAUAUCAUUGAGUACCGCCUGAAGAAUGGAUGCAUCAAAUCGAGGGAUGAAUUGCGGAAGAUUAAGCUAAUUGGGGAGAAAACAUUCACCCAAUGCGCUGGAUUUGUGCGUAUUGAAGCAAAGACAGCGGGACAACUCAUUGAGCCAUUGGAUGCCACAUGGGUUCACCCGGAGAGCUAUCAUUUGGCUCGAUCAAUUAUUUCUGAGCAAGAAUUGAAUUUGGGCGAAAUCGGAAGGUUCCAUUUCAUUGAGAAGAUGAAGAGUAUUGCCGUGAACUUCACGGAGAUGAGUCGUAUUGCUAAGCUCUUUGGGGCAGCACCUGAAUGUGCAAGAUCCGUGUGUGAAGCUCUGCAGAGACUACCCAGUACGGACUAUCGCGAUGACAUCAAUAGACGCCCACACUUCAAGCAGGGCUUGACAAAGAUGAGUGAUCUGAAGGUGGGUACCCUGGCUACGGGUUCCAUCACAAAUGUAACGCAUUUCGGAUGCUUUGUGGAUGUUGGCGUGGAGAAAUGUGGGCUAAUUCACACGAAACACCUGCAGGGAAUGAAGCCGGGAAUUGGGGAUUGUGUGGAAGUAACAAUAAUGAACAUUGAUGAGGCUCAAGGGAGGAUUUCGCUCAAACUUGAGAAGAUUCUCUAAACAAAAUGAAUUUUUUUCUUAAAAGAAUUUAUUUAUGCGAGAUACUUUGGGGGACAAAAAAAAACGGGGGCUCCGGGAUUUUAUUCCCUUCGGAGUACACUGGAGAUGCAUUGACGAUAAUCUUCAACGAUGCCAGUGUGAGCAUCCCUCAUGUUGCGCAGUCUCACCUCCAAGCUGGGAACAAAUUCAAAUUGGAAGCGAUUGUGGGCCUCAGUGAUCACAGGAUUGAAUUCAUCUAUAAAGUAAUCAUAUCUCCGGACAAUGUCGAAUUCCGUGAGUUUCUGCACAACACUCAUCUGCAGCUCAGCAAUGUACUCCGUCCACUCUUCCAGUCCAUGAAAAACAUCAUCCUGCAGCUCAAAGAUGUGAUCAAAUGCCGCCACUGAACACACCCUCACUGUCUCCCCAACUUCCGGUGUACUCUUUGCCGUCACCAGUCGUCGAAACAUUGCACCAUUGUGCUGCUGCUGCCUCCGCCACGUAUCCAUUGUUUCAGAGAGUACCCCCAAAAGAUCUCGCGUUACAUCACUCACAUAUCCCGACAUAUAGCCACGAAUCUCCGUCUUCAUAUCCUCAUAGUAAUCGUGGUACAAAUUAAUGGCAUCCUGACUCUGAAAGAGUGGAUUCGGCGGCACCUGCCCGUACACAACGCAAAUUCCACAUAAAAUCACAAAGAAAUUCCUCCAACUCAGCUCCAUUUUCAUUUUUGAUUUUUCCUGAACACGUUUUCCCAGAAACUUCUCACACUGAAUGAUAAUUUUUGCAAAUCUUCCUGGACUUUUUAAGCAUUCUCACUCUGUGCAAAAAAAUGAAAGAUUCUAAUCUCCAAGAAUACGCCAAAAGAAAGAAUGAAAAAAACAGCCUGAUAACAGGAUACAAAUUCAACAUUUUUUUUAAUUUCUCUAAUUAACUUUCUCUUACGCAAAUGCUUUGACAAACACAAAAAAAGAACUUUAUACUGAAAUCAUGAAUUUUCUUCUUUAUCAUUUCUUUUUUUUUUUCUAAAAAGAAUUCUUGACUUGUUUGAUGAAUUUCCUGAAUUAAUUCUCAAUUAGAAGAUUAAUUAAGUUCCUAAAAUCAAAUCAAACAUAAGACAUUUUGAAAUUUAUUUUUUAACUCUGUAACAAAAUGAGAAUUUCAUAAUAAAAUUCUUUAUCGAAAACUUAUAA